GAGGUCCUCCAGAGCAGUCUCUCGUCCCUGAAGGCGGAAACCCAGCAGUACACCGACAAGGCCUGCGACAGCGUUAAGAGUGAACUGCUGGGAGAGGUGCAGACUCUGAAAGGCGAGGUCCAGGGCCUGAGGGAGGAGGUGGAGGCGGAGAGGCAGCGGCGAGAGUUGGCAACGUCACGCGGGGAGGAACAAGAAGCGUCACGCGUGCUGGCGGCAAGCACCAGGGUGACGGACUUGCUGGGGUCCUCGUGGGGCCCCAGGCAAAACCCCUGGGGCCUCGCAGCGUUGUGUCAGAGCCAGCAGCUGCCGCAGGAGGUUGGGGAGCCAUCGGAGCUGCCCCCUUGGGUCCAACUGGCGCUGGAAUCGGACCCACUCACCCCGCCUCUCUGCCGCCUUCACCGCCGCCCUCUCCAUGCCGGCCGGCUCACAGCCCACGUGCUCCGCUUACCCCCCCAUCCAGCCCCUCGGCUUCCCGCCGUUCGGGGAGGCGCAAGCCGGCGGAGUAUGACGGGAAGGUGACCUGGGAGGCCUGUGUUGCCCAGUUUGAGAUGCUAGCUGCUGCCCAGGGCUGGGACGAGGCUGAGAAGGCGCUGCAGUUGGCAACAGCGCUUCGGGGCCCAGCUGUGGAGGUGUUGGGGCACCUGCCGCCGGCCCAACGUGCCUCUCACGGGAGCAUGGCGGAGGCCCUGCGGCGACGUUUCGGGCACCACCUUCAGGCCGAGGUGUACCGAGCUCGCCUGAAGAAGCGGACUCGGGAGCGCGGCGAGACACUGUCGCAGCUGGCGCAGGACGUGGAAGCGCUGGUCAGAAGGUCGUAUCCUGCUGCCCCGGAAGAGAUGAUCGUGGUGCUGGCCCGCGAUUUCUUUGUUGACGCUCUGCACGACCAGCAGCUGCAGAUUUACGUUAAGCAGGCGCACCCUGGGGACCUGCAGGUGGCGCUGGCGAGGGCCUUGGAAUUCGAGGCCUUCCUGAAGACGACCAGCGGCCUAGGGGCGGCCGCCCAGCCCCGCCGUGACCUCCGGGGCCGGAAGGCGAAGGUGGAGAAGAAGGCGGCGUCGAGGAAGGCGAGCUCGGACGGUUUUCUCGGCUCGUGUUGGGGCUGUGGCAAGAAGGGGCAUAUGCGCAGUCGUUGUCCGAGGGAGCGAAGGACGCGUUCCCUUGACCGACUGAGUUCUGACGCCUUUCAGCCUUGCUGCAAGGACUGUGGCAAGUCUGGCCACCGUUCGAGCGCCUGCCCCAAGCCAAAGGAGGUAGUGCAGGCGGGAAACCCGGACAGGCUGGAGAAGGGGGCCGAAUCCCAGCCGUUAGUCCCCGGGCCCCGACUUGCGUAAGCUGCCGCCGGAUAACCAGUGCGAUGCAGGUGGAGGGAUCAGUGGACGGGAAGCCAUGCCGCCUGACAGUGGACACCGGGGCUGAGAAGACCUUGGUGCGGGCUGAUAUGCUGGCCGCCACGCGACUCCCAGACGCGCCACAGAGGCUGUGCGGCGUCACGGGGCACUGUGUGCAGCUCAAGGGCCCAGUGGAGGUUCGUAUCGGCGUAGGCAGCGCUGUGGAGCGGCUGCCGGUGUACGUCGCCGAUCUGGACGACCGUGUUUGCUGGGCCUCGACUACCUGACGCAGAGCAAGGCUUGUGUCGACCUCGGACGGAAGCUGGUGAGGGUACGCGGUCAAGACGUGCCCUUGCUUCCGGAGGUUGGCUGUGCAGAGGUAGUCGCGGCUGAGCGUCUGCACCUUGCCCCUAGGACGGAGGCCAGGGUCCGGUGUCGUCUGUCCAGAGCGAUGCGUGGAGCGGAAGGCAUGGUGGAGCCCACGGAAAACCUGCGGCUGGCUGACGGCGUGGCAGUCGGA